AAAGAAUCUCCUACCAUAUCACAAGGCAUAUUGUUGUGCAUCUCUGUAGAUAUGACAACAGUAUUGAUUUUCAGUCUGACAAACUAAGUAAGCUAUAGCCAUCUCGUUUAGCUAAUAUCCGAAAUGUGGCAGGACAAUGAAGUCAGAUUUGAUAUUUCUCACUUUAAUAUGCAGCUGCGAUCUGGUGAACUGACUGUUGACAAACUUGACAUGAUAGAAGAUACAAAAGGCAAUGCUGGAGAUUUAGGAAAAUUGAUCGUCACAAACUUGAGAAUCUUAUGGCAUUCUUUAUCUUUUCCACGAAUCAAUUUAAGUAUAGGCUACAAUACAUUUGUCACAGUAAACACGAAAAUUCUUCAUACGAUUCAUGGUGGAUAUAUGCAAGCUCUUCAUAUAUUAACUUCAUUCCGAAACUGUCGAUAUGAAUUUAUAUUUACGAAUCAUGAUAUCAAAAGUACUAGACAUUACACUUCGGUCAUAGGCGUUUACAGAGCUUACGUAUCGUCGAAAGUUUACAGAGAAAUUAAAUUAAGAAGCGGUAUUAUACGUGAAAAUCGGCUGGUUUUGUUACCUCAAGAAAAAGUACAUUUUUCCAUGCAAGAUGUUUGGAACUUGUCCAUUGAACAGGGAAAUAUCGGAACUUUUAUUAUAACAAAUAUACGUUUGGUAUGGUAUGCAGAUGUAAAUCAUCAGUUUAAUGUAUCGAUACCUUAUCUUAUAAUUGAAAAUAUUACCAUUAGAACAUCGAAAUUUGGACCGACUUUAGUAAUUUUAAGUACAGAAGCCAGUGGAGGAUAUGUUUUAGGUUUUCGUAUUAAUCCUUUGCAACAGCUUCACAUUAUUCACAAAGAAAUAUCAAUACUUCUUUCAGAAUUCAGAAAGUUUCCUAUUUUUGGUGUGGAAUACACAUUUGAACAUCAGGCACCUUCACAAGAGGAGAUCAAUGUGGAACAUUUCACUGAAAUACAAGAUAAUCAAUCUGAAAUAUCAAAUGUGUUUGGUUAUUAUUUUUCCGAAGGAAAUACAGGCCAAAGAAAACCUAAUUUUUCGAUUUAUUUAGGACUCGCGGCAGAAGAGCCAAGAGAAAGCAGUACAUUGCAGAAUUUAUGGGAACUUAUACCAUCGUCUGUUAAUUAAGUUUUUAACUUAAUCGUUUUUAAAGUUUUAAAUUUUAUUUAUCUAUAUUAAAAUGCCACAAACUCAUGUCGAAUUAUAUGAUAGUUCUUUUCAUUAUAGAAAACAAUAUGCUCACAAGAGGAUAAAAGCAAACUCAUUUUGUACAAGAAUACACACACACACGCACGCACGCACGCAUAUACACAAUAUAUAACAUAUUAAUCAAUUACAUGUUCUAUUAGAUUCGAAAUAUAUAACUCUUACUCAAUUUUGUUUUAUAUUUCUUAAAACAUUCAUAAUAUCAUAACAAAUAAAGCCCUAUCUUGUGUGUAUUUGAUCUUACAAAAAUGCUUUUAUUAUUACAUAAUAAAAAUAAUUCAAAGUGUAUUGGUGAAAAAAUAAAUAAUUAGAAUUAAAAUAGCGUGAAAGAUCAUAAUAUGCAUAUUAAUAUAGAU